GGCUGACCCUGCCUGAGAGCAGCUGCAGCUGCAAGCCAAGAGAAAGAGAGAGAGAGGGAAUGUGCACGUUGCGCGUGUUAGUGUCAGGGAGGGAUGCAUGUCGUCGCCUUCUCUGACCCAGGGUGGGCUUCCUUCCGCAAAAGCGCCGCGCUCUCCAGAGGGGCUAGGAGCGGGUCCGGCGGCUAAGCAACGCGGCCUUCGCCGGGACUGACAGCCGCGGUGAAAGCAGCCCCCGCCGGCCGGCCCUCGCUUUUGUCUGCUGGGUAGCGAAGGCGGCAGCAGCGGAGGAGGAGGAAGAAGCCCGGCGACGCUCCUCGCCGCGCGCUCCCUCGCUCGCGGCCGGGCUUUGGUCCCGCCUUUCCCGCUCCAGCAAAACGGCGCCGCGGGCCAGCCCCCUCGCUGGGCUGGCAAGCGCAAAACGGCCGCGCUCGGCCCAGGACUUGAAAAGUUGAGUCAGACUUCAAGCCUGUUUUGUUACCGGAUUCCUGAUGUCUCUAGAAAUUGCUACAAACAUAGUGAGAAGAUGAGCAGCUACGAUUCAGAAAAACUGAAGUUUGAAAAAUUUUCUGACAAAACUAGAGAGGGAGAAAUUGCAUUGAUUAAGAUAAAAAGACAUGAAGAUCUCUGAAAGUUAAGAGAAGAUAGGAUGGAUGCUACCGUAAUACUGUCUAUUCUGAAGAAAAAAUUAGCUUUCCUCUCAGGUGGGAAAGACAGAAGAAGUGGCCUCAUUCUGACAAUUCCAUUAUGCCUUGAACAAACAAAUAUGGAUGAAUUGAGUGUCACCUUGGACUAUCUGCUAAGUAUUCCAAGUGAAAAGUGUAAAGCCAGAGGAUUUACUGUUAUAGUGGAUGGUAGAAAAUCUCAAUGGAAUGUUGUAAAGACCGUGGUGUUAAUGCUACAGAACGUUGUUCCAGCUGAAGUAUCCCUUGUUUGUGUAGUUAAACCAGAUGAAUUCUGGGAUAAAAAGGUUACACAUUUUUGCUUUUGGAAAGAGAAAGAUAGACUUGGCUUUGAGGUUAUUUUGGUAUCUGCCAACAAGCUUACUCGAUACAUAGAACCAUCUCAACUAACUGAAGAUUUUGGAGGAAGUCUUACCUAUGAUCAUAUGGAUUGGCUGAACAAAAGACUGGCAUUUGAGAAGUUUACAAAAGAGUCUACAUCCUUACUUGAUGAGCUUGCAUUAAUCAACAGUGGAAGUGAUAAGGGAAGCCAACAGGAGAAAGAGCGGUCUAUAGAUACAAAUUUUCUUCCAUCUGUUGAUCCUGAGACCGUUCUGCAGACAGGUCAUGAGCUCUUAUCGGAAUUGCAGCAACGGCGUUUUAAUGGUUCCGAUGGAGGAGUCUCCUGGUCCCCUAUGGAUGAUGAACUGCUUGCUCAGCCCCAGGUUAUGAAGUUACUAGAUUCUCUCAGAGAACAGUAUACGCGGUAUCAGGAAGUAUGCAGGCAAAGAAGCAAACGAACUCAGUUGGAAGAAAUUCAGCAGAAGGUAAUGCAGGUAGUGAACUGGCUCGAAGGGCCAGGUUCGGAACAGCUUAGAACCCAGUGGGGAAUCGGUGAUUCAAUUAGGGCUUCACAAGCUUUGCAACAGAAACAUGAAGAGAUUGAAAGUCAACACAGCGAGUGGUUUGCAGUGUACGUGGAACUGAAUCAACAAAUUGCAGCUUUACUGAAUGCUGGGGAUGAAGAAGAUCUUGUAGAACUAAAAGCAUUGCAACAGCAGUUGAGCGAUGUUUGUUAUCGGCAGGCCAGCCAGUUGGAGUUUAGGCAGAAUCUGCUACAAGCAGCUCUUGAAUUUCAUGGUGUUGCUCAAGAUUUGUCUCAGCAACUAGAUGGAUUACUCGGGAUGCUGUGUGUUGAUGUAGCCCCAGCUGAUGGAGCGUCAAUUCAGCAAACUUUAAAGCUACUUGAAGAGAAAUUAAAAAGUGUUGACUUGGGCCUGCAAGGUUUGCGUGAAAAAGGUCAAGGUCUUCUUGAUCAGAUCUCUAACCAAGCUUCGUGGGCUUAUGGAAAAGAUGUAACAAGUGAAAACAAAGAGAAUGUUGAUCAUAUCCAGGGAGUAAUGGAAGACAUGCAGCUCAGGAAGCAAAGAUGCGAGGACAUGGUAGAUGUGCGACGAUUAAAGAUGCUUCAGAUGGUUCAGCUAUUUAAGUGUGAAGAGGAUGCUGCUCAGGCAAUAGAAUGGUUAAAUGAAUUAUUAGAUGCGCUGCUGAAGACUCAUACCCGUUUGGGAGAUGAUGCCCAAGAAACCAAAAUUCUGUUGGAAAAACAUAGGAAAUUUGUUGAUGUAGCUCAGAGUACCUAUGAUUACGGGCGACAGUUACUACAGGCUACUGUGGUUUUGUGUCAGUCUCUGAGAUGCACUUCUAGAUCAUCAGGAGAAACACUUCCAAAGCUGAACCGCGUAUGGAAACAAUUCACAAUCACUUCAGAAGAAAGAGUAACAAGGCUAGAGAUGGCUGUUGCUUUCCACUCAAAUGCGGAAAAAGUUUUGCAAGAAUGCCCAGAUGAGUCUGAAUCUAUAUAUGAUCAGGAACAAUUUGAUGAGAUUGAAGCUGUUGGAAAAUCCCUUCUGGAUAGAUUAACAGUUCCAGUGGUUUAUCCUGAUGGCACUGAGCAGUUCUUCGGGAGCCCGAGUGACAUGGCUUCUUCAGCCGAACACAUCAGAGAGAAGAUAAAGUUGGUUUGUCUGAGAAAACAACAACUGACACAACCAGACGCCUGUACCACAGAGACCUAAUAGCCUCUCCCUGCCAAUUCAUAAGAUGCCUAUUUGUAACUCCGCAUGACAUCUGCAUUCUAUGCCUGCCAUAAUACAUGAAAAUGCAUUUCACGGCUAUUAUUAAACAUAAGAAGUCUUCACCCUUCUUGAAGCAAAUUUUAUUCUACAUCUUAACCAUGUAUUUCUACGAAGCCAUAAUUUAACAUGCUAUGAACCCCAGACUUCAACUAUAAUGAAAAGGAACAGAAGACGUUGCACUAAAUACUUGCUUUGAAGCUUUAUCCCAACCUAUCAGGUGCUGCUUUUUCUAAGCAACUGAUGCAAGUUUUAAAAUGGUGCUAAUAAGUGCAAGUUCCACAAAAAAUAAUUUUGUUUAUUCUCCAGAUGAUGUAGUAUUUUAGGCUGUAGGUGAACUAUCUGUUGUAUAGACCUAUAAUUUUGAUUUUGUAUUUUUUUUUAAAUGGUCCUUUUUAUUGUGCGGAUAUGUGCCAUCAAAUCCUUGAAAUUCAUUAUAGUUGGAUUUUUUCCAAUUUGUACGGAUAAUGUAUUAAGAAAUGUUUUGUGCUUAAUAAAGUUCACCUUUUAAAAAUCCAGUAACUUUUAUGGAAACUUGUAUUUCCUACUUUAUUGCAGGAAAUUGUAAAAGAGAGUACAAGUCCAUUUUGGAUCUUUAGUGAAAGUUUCUUAGUAAUUGAAAGAAGAGGGAAUAAGCAUCAUCAUGUAAGAAGGAAGAAAAAAAAUGCUAUGAAAGCAGGUGUUGGGAGUUAACGGCAAAUUAAGUUCAUUUUUCCUGUUGACUUUUGUUUGUAGAUGGGAAAGGAAAAGGACUUAACAUUUUACAAGAGUAAGAAUCAAAGUCUGGCAAGAGGGAUUUGUAGAUGCAAAUUGAAGACAUAAGAGAAAUUGAUAGGUUUUUCUUUUAACGUACCUUUUUUUUCUCUUUUUUUCUACAAGUAUUGAUAUUGGACAUAUAUGUUCCACUAGUUACAUCUUUAUGACUGAGUACAUUCAAAUAACAGCUGAUGAUGCAAUUUCCAGAGCUGAUAAAUGCUACGUAUUGUAAUAAAAUGAUCAAAUAUAGGGCAUAAAUUAUGUAUUCAUUCCUCCAAUCUGCAAAAGCCAAAUAAAAACCUUUAUAUAUUUAUGAA